AGCAGCUGCGGUCUGAGGCCCCCGCCCAGCUGGAAACCACAGUGGCAGAGAGGAGGGAGGAGAGUCAAGGGGAGGCGAGGACAGGAGCAGACACCAACAUGGGACCUUGGAGCCGAGUCAGGGUCGCCAAAUGCCAGAUGCUGGUCACCGGACUCUUUGUCUUGCUUCUCGGUCUGUCUGUAGCUGCCAUGGCUGUUCUCACCUACUUCGGGGCCCACUUUACUGUCAUCAGCCGUGUCUCCUUGGAGAGGAACCCCUACGAGGCCAUGCACCACUGGGCCUUCUCCGUGGGGGUCAGCCUGGCCGGGCUCCUGACCCUGGGGGCAGUGCUGUGUGCUGCAGCCACCGUGAGGGAAGCCGCAGGCCUCAUGGCUGGGAGCUUCUUGUGCUUUGCACUCGUGUUCUGUGCCCUGGUGCAGGUGGCCUUCUGGAGAUUCUGCAAGCCCACCCAGGUAGAGGACGCUGUGCUGGACACCUAUGACCUGGUGUAUGAGCAGGCCGUUCAGAGCCCGUCCAGCGUCUGGGGGCAGAAGCUGGCAGCCAUCCAGGACACGUUCCAGUGCUGUGGCAAGCAGUCUCCUUUCAGCCUGCUGGGGGAUGCCGAAGCGGGGCUGUGUCCCGGGGAGCUGGCCAAGAGAGAGGACUGCCUGCAGGGCGUCAGGAGCUUCUUGAGGACACACCUGAGCAUUGUCACCGCCCUGGCUGGCCUCGUCCUUGCCUUCACGGUAUAUGCGAUGUUGCUCAGCUCCUUCCUCUGGGCGGCCAUACGCUCUGGCUGCAGCUUGGACCACCGAGGCACAUACACCCUGACACCACGAGCCCGUGGCAGGCGGCCCCGGGAGCCCAGCAUCUCCAGAUACUCCCAGGCGGCCCCACGCUCCAGCACCCCUGAAAUGCAGGCUUUUGAUGAUCACCUGGGCUGCAGAGGACGUGCAGAUGGCCUCAGGUGGUGCCAACACAACUGAGUGUCUGCCUCAAGGCCUGUCUUGCCACCUGUCUGCCUACGGACUGAAAGGUGCUCCGGGCCAUCAGCCCUUAAGUGACCCUUAAGGCGAAGCUUUUGAGCCGCUUUCCUCCACAACUCUGGUGGGGUGGGGAAGGGAAAAGCCCCGACCACGUGAACAGCCUCCCUUUCAGACAAAUGGAGAAAUAGGGGGUCAUUUCACAGACUCCAUGGGAACCGGCUGGGACGAUGAGGAAGAACACAAGCCAGUUUUUAGGUAACAGCACAAGUCAAACUGCUGGAAAAUAGCUGAGAAGCUGUCUCCAAGACCACUUCUCCAGGACACCCCCUUUGCUCAUUUUCUUUGCUGGGUGGCAAAUGAACCCACAGACUGAGAAGCUGGAAACAACACCCAUUUGGUAGUCCAUCACAGCUAACAGAAGUCAGGUGUGACUGGGUUUUCCGCAGGGGGUCUCACAAGUCCUAAAUCAAAGGGUUGGCCACACUGGGCUUUCUCUGGAGGCUCUCUCUUUGGACGAAUCCCCAUCCGGGCGCAUUAGGUCACUGGCUGGUGGAACUCAGCUCCUUGCUGUCUCCAGUAGCUAGCAUACACACUUGUUUUCUCACAGUUUGGGAAGAUAGACGUCCACAUUCAGCAAGUGGCUCUAGGGGGUGGUCCUUUUCUGUCUCUUUCAGCUUCUGUAGCCUGCAACAUUCCUUGGAGGUCCUGGCUUGUAGGUGCUUCGGCCUCCUGUCUUCUGAUGUCUUCCUCCUGUGUCUGCUAGCUUGUCUCUGCUGCUCCUUAUAGCAAAACCUGCAAAAGACGGAACCUGUAUAAGACGGAAACUUGUCAGAGAAGGAAAACGGAAAUAUUUUCCACUAAAACCAGCAGUAGAAAAGUGGUAAGAGUGUACCCUGUCAAAGGCAGAAAGCGUGCAGGACCCAGAAAAACAAGGCAGUCCUUCGAGUUCCAGCUCUCACAGUUUUCACUGUGUCACUCAGCAGUGACUGGGUUUAGGACCCACCCUACACUGAGAUGGCGUCAGUAACACAACAAAGAAAACCCUAUUCCCAAAUGGGAUCACAUCCACAGGUAUGGGGGUUAGGAUUCUGACACUUAUAUCGCGGGGACAUAAUUCAAUCUUUCACACCUGUGGUUGUAGGAACAACGUCCUGCUUCCCUGCCGGCUGUCAGCUGGGGCCAUUCUUUGCUCCAGAAGACGGCUCACAUUCCUUCUCACAGGUCCUCCUCCACCGUCAAACCUGCAUCGUGUCCGGUACACCUCACAAUUCCAAUCCCUCCACUCUUCACUCUGCCACUGGCAGAGAAAGCGCUCUGCUUUUAAGGACUCACAUGAUUAUAUCACCCCCACCCCGAUAAUCUCCCCACCUUAAGGUUAACUGUGCCAGGUGGCAUAACAUAACCAUGGGAGGGAUACCUUGUCACAUUCACAGGUCCAGGGAUUGAGGUGGGAUAUUUUGAGGCAUCCGUUUUAGAAAACCUGCCCACCACAGACAUUCAAACCACCACUGAGAUGAACUAGCUCUAACUGUCCCUGGGUGUUUGUACCUGUUACGGAUUGAACUGUGUCCCCCCAAAAUGUGUGUCAACUUGGCUAGGCCAUGAUUCCCAGUAUUGUGUGGUUGUCCUCCGUUCUGUAAUCUGAUGCGAUCAUCCUCUGUGUUGUAAAUCCUACCUCUGUUAAGUUAAUGGGAGCCCUGGUGGUGCAGUGGUUAAGAGCUCAAGCUGCUAAUCACAAGGCUGGCAGUUCAAACUCACCAGCAGCUCCUUGUAAACCCUAUGGGGCAGCUCUUCUUUAUCCUAUAGUGUCACAGUGAGUCAGAAUUAACUCGAGGGCAACAGCAUGAUGUUAAUGAGGUCGGAUUACAGGCAGUUAUGUCAACGAGGCAGGACUCAAUCUACAGCAUUAGGUUGUAUGUUGAGUCAAUCUCUUGAGAUAUUAAAGAAAGAAGCGAGCAGAAAGGAGAGGAACCUCAUACCAUCAAGAAAGCAAUGCUGGGAGCAGAGUAUAUCGUUUGGACCCGGAGUCCCUGUGCUGAGAACCUCCUAGACCAGGGGAAGAUUGGCGACAAGGACCUUCCCCUAGAGCUAACAGGGAGAGAAAGCCUUCCCCUGGAGCUGGCACCCUGAAUUUGGACCUCUAGCCUCCUAGACUGUGGGAGAAUAAAUUCCUGUUUGCUAAAGUUGUCCACUUGUGAUAUUUCUGUUACAGCAGUGCUAGGUGACUAAGAUAGUAUCAUUUCUUCAAAAUCCAGACUUCUGGGUGGAACACCAGAUUGACCCAGCCUAGGCCAGCACCCCCAUGUAACUGACAGCAGGACAGGAAUGUCAGAGCCCUUUUAACUUCCAUAGGUGGCAGGCUGGUCUCCGUGGAGUGAGAUGCCACAUUAUGGCUCAGAAUGGCCACUGCUGCUGGCAGACCGGGCAUCCCACCGUCGUAGUGUCUGGGUGGGCCUCCACAAGGGGAAGACUUCGUGGGCGGGCCCAUGUGCAGCCUCCAUGCCUACCUCCACGUCUGCUUUGCUAAGGGUUCCACUGGGCAAGUUCUGGUGACGGGGAGGAGGGUGCUUGCCUGCCACAGGGUUGUUGUCGAUUAGGUACCCCUGAGUCUGCUCUGACUCAGAGCAACCCCGUGCACAGCAGAACGAAACACAGCCUGGUCCCGCGCCAUUCUCACAAUCGUCGCUAUGCUUGAGCCCAUCAUUGUAGCUACUGUAUGAAUCCACCUUGUUGAGGGUCUUCCUCUUUCUUGCUGACCUUCUUCUUUACCAAGCAUGAUGUCCUUCUCCAGGGGCUGGUCCCUCCUGACAACACGUCCAAAGUAUGUGAGACAGAGUCUCGCCAUCCUCGCUUCUAAAGGGCGUUCAGGUUGUACUUCUUCCAAGACAGAUGUGUUCGUUCUUCUGGAAGUCCAUGGUCCGUUCAGUGUUCUUUGACACACGGUCACAAGGACCUUGUGAGAGUCUAGUUAUUACCACUUCACUUGAGGACAGAGUACUCCUGGGCCGACGCAGCUUCAUGGUCCCGGGGCCCAGAUGACACCCAGUCCAUGACAAGCAGUUUUGGUCACACCUGGUGCACACAGGCAGGGAGAAGCCAAACACUGUGUCCCAAAGGGAGAAGAAUCCCCUGCCAAAGAGGGCGCAGCUGCGUGCCACGACUCACAGCACUGUGAUUCUCCCAUCAGCCAAGAUGCCACUGGAACCCUCAAGUCCCUAGGCACAGCAGCCGAGUGGCACGACCUGCUACCGGGAAGUCUGGGCCACCUGGGGCAACUUCUCUUGCUCUGUGUCCUGCUCAAAGUGGGUAACCUGCUUGGCCUCUUACAUAUAGCUACACACUCGAAUGUGGUCUGUUUCCUCCCAAAGGUGUCGCACCUCUUUUUUACUAGUUGCCACUCACAGUGACCCCAUGUGCGUCAGAGCAGAACUCCACUCCGCGGACUUUUCUCUGGCUUAUUUUCUGGAGGUAGAUUGCCAGGCCUUUCUUCCAAGGCACCUCUGGGUGGACGUGAACCUCCAACCUUUCAGUUAGCAGCCGAGCAUGCUCACUGUUUGCACCACCCAGGGAUUCCGCCUCUCUCUGAGUAGUAGAUAAUCCAGGGUGCAGCAACUUGUGCUUUGCCCCGGAGGUGGCACGCUCAGUCCAUCGUACCCCAGAGAGAAACUUAACGGAGAAAACACGACCCCACAGAGCUUCCUUCCCAUGCUUUGCCAUGCAUGGUAUUUAACAAAGCCACAACUCCGUCCUUUCUCUGGUCCCACCAGCACAAAGUCCUGUGGGCGGGGAAAUGGUUAAGGUCUCUGUGGCUAAAGGAUGGCUGAGUGCCAGAGCGUUCCUGUCAUCUGGAAGUGAGACAAUACUACUGGCCCUCCUGGGUGAAGGCAAACAGCCUCUGUGGUUCUCUGCAGAUCGGGAUAGAUUUAAGAGGAAAAGAAAAAACAACUUAUUCACUGGUCAAAGCCUGUACGGACUGCUCCCAUGAGUAUCUGAAACUACGGCUGCAGUUGGUGUCACCCCCUGACUUCAAGUCCCCUGUUAAGGGGUGCUAAUUUUCAGAAGCAGAUCACCAGGCCUCUCUUCCUAGUCUUAGUCUAGAAGCUCUGCUGAAGCCUGUGCACCGCGGCUGGCCCUGCUGGUAUUUGAAAUACUGAUGGCAUAGCUUCCCGCCUCACAGCAACACAAAGCGGCCACAGGAUGACAAAGUGAUAGGCACAACAAUGGACUCCAACCAAAACGGUGCAGCACGGGGCACUGUUUCGUUGUCGUAGGUUAGGUCCCCCAAAGCGGGAGAUAGCUCGAAGGCAACUAACAACAAGAGCCAAGGGGCACAACUCGCAGGUUGAAAAGCUCUGCCUCAGGAUAUCCACCCAGAAGAGGGCUUGCUGAGUCACUGGACAUGUACACAGGCCUCUGACUGGGUAUUGCAGGGGUGUCUCCAGGAGAGGGUCUGUCUUAUCACCUAGUGCUGCUAUAACAGAAAUACCACAGGUGGAUGGCUUCAACAAACACAAGUUUAAUCUCUCCCAGUCUAUAGGCUAGAAUCCCGAAUACAGGGUGCCAGCUCCAGGGGAAGGCUUUCUCUCUGUCAGCUCUGGGGGAAGGUCCUUGUCAUCAAUCUUCUCCAGGGUACCCCCCUCAGGGAUCCUGGGUCUAAACGAUGAACUCUGCUCCUGGCCCUUCUUUCUUGGUGGUAGGAGGUCCCUCUCUCUCUGCUGCUUCUGUUUUAUCUCUUGUAAGAUAAAAAGUGAUGCAGGCCACACCCCAGGGAAGUUCCCCUUACAUUGGAUCAGGGCUGGGACCUGAGUAAGGGUGUUGCAGCCCACCCUAAUCCUCAUUAAACAUGACCUAAUCCUGCCUCAUUAACAUAAUGGACAGCUGACUCCCAAAUGGGACCAUAACCACAGGCACAGAGGCUAGGGUUUACAGUGCACUACAGAAUGGAGGAUAAUUACAUCAGAUCACAAAAUGGAGGAUAAUUACAUCAGAUCACAAAUGGAGGACAAUUACAUCCGAUCACAAAAAUGGAGGAUAAUUACAUCAGAUCACAAAAUGGAGGACAACCACACAAUGCUGGGAAUCAUGGCCUAGCCAUGUUGACACAUAUUUUUGGGGGGACACAAUUCAAUCCACAACAGGGUCCCAGUGUUCACUCCCACCAGCAGUGCACAGGUAUCUGGUUGCUCCAUAAACACCCACAUAUUUUUAAAGUUUGUCAAUCUGGCAGGUGAAAAAUGGUGUCAAAGUAUGCUUUGAAUUUGCAUUUUCUUUUUAUUCACUGGAAUUUCCUGUGUUUACUGACCAGUUCUGUUUCCUUUUCUGUCUUGUUUUUUUUUACCCAUUGUUAUAUUGAAUCUUAUGCUUUUUUCUUACUGAUUUAUGAGGGAGUUCUAUGUAUCUGUAGACAGGAAUCACGUGUUGCUUAGAUUUACGGCAAAUAAUGUCUCCUAAUUUGUGGUUUGACUUCCACUUUCUUUACGGUGACUUUUGGUAAACAAAUGUUCUUAAUUUUUUUUUUUUUUAACUUCUAAUGAAAACGUUAACACAAAAAAGUAGAAAAAUAAUGCAAUAAAAAUGCAUAUACCUACCACCUCGAUUCAAAUUGUAAUUAAAUUGUUAGC